AUGUUGGACUGCAGUGACUACGUUCUAGACUCAAGAAUGAACAAUCCGUCAGAAACCAGUAAACCACCAAUGGAGAGUGGGGAUGGGAACACAGGCACACAGACAAAUGGCCUGGACUUUCAGAAGCAGCCUGUGCCCGUUGGAGGGGCAAUCUCUACAGCCCAGGCUCAGGCCUUCCUUGGACACCUUCAUCAGGUCCAGCUCGCUGGAACAAGUUUACAGGCUGCUGCUCAGUCCUUAAAUGUACAGUCUAAAUCUAAUGAAGAAUCUGGGGACACCCAGCAGCCAAGCCAGCCUUCCCAGCAGCCUUCAGUGCAGGCGGCCAUACCCCAGACCCAGCUCAUGCUGGCCGGAGGACAGAUCACCGGGCUCACGUUGACGCCAGCCCAGCAGCAGUUAUUAUUACAACAGGCACAGGCACAGUUGCUGGCGGCUGCAGUGCAGCAUUCAGCCAGCCAGCAGCACAGCGCUGCAGGCGCCACCAUCUCGGCCUCCGCUGCGACGCCGAUGACGCAGAUUCCUCUUUCUCAGCCAAUACAGAUUGCACAGGAUUUGCAGCACCUGCAGCAGCUCCAACAGCAGAAUCUCAACCUGCAACAGUUUGUGUUGGUGCAUCCAACAACCAGCUUGCAGCCAGCACAGUUUAUCAUCUCACAAACGCCGCAGGGGCAGCAGGGUCUCCUGCAAGCGCAGAAUCUCUUAACGCAACUACCUCAGCAAAGCCAAGCCAACCUCCUGCAGUCUCAGCCAAGCAUCACCCUCACCUCACAGCCAGCAACCCCAACACGCACAAUAGCAGCAACCCCCAUUCAGCCACUUCCACAGAGCCAAUCAACACCAAAGCGAAUUGACACUCCCAGCUUGGAGGAGCCCAGUGACCUUGAGGAGCUUGAGCAGUUUGCCAAGACUUUCAAACAAAGACGGAUCAAACUUGGAUUCACUCAGGGUGAUGUUGGGCUCGCUAUGGGCAAACUCUAUGGAAAUGACUUCAGCCAAACUACCAUCUCUCGCUUUGAAGCCUUGAACCUCAGCUUUAAAAACAUGUGCAAGUUAAAGCCACUUCUGGAAAAGUGGCUCAAUGAUGCAGAAAAUCUCUCAUCUGAUUCAGCUCUCUCCAGCCCAAGUGCCCUGAAUUCCCCGGGGCUGGGGAUUGAGGGCUUGAACCGUAGGAGGAAGAAACGCACCAGCAUAGAGACCAACAUACGUGUGGCCUUAGAGAAGAGUUUUCUGGAGAACCAAAAGCCUACCUCGGAGGAGAUCACCCUGAUAGCUGACCAGCUGAACAUGGAGAAGGAGGUGAUCCGCGUUUGGUUCUGUAACCGGCGCCAGAAGGAGAAAAGGAUCAACCCACCCAGUAGUGGUGGAACCAGCAGCUCUCCCAUCAAAGCAAUUUUCCCUUGCCCAACCUCACUGGUGGCAACCACGCCAAGCCUUGUGACAAGCAGUGCAGCUACUACUCUGACUGUCAACCCUGUGCUCCCUCUAACUAGUGCUGCUGUCACUAGUCUGUCAGUCACAGGCACAACAGAAACCACCUCCAACAACACAGCAACCGUGAUCUCUACAGCACCUCCAGCUUCCUCAGCAGUGACUUCACCCUCUCUGAGUCCUUCCCCUUCUGCCUCAGCCUCCACUUCCGAGGCAUCCAGUGCCAGUGAGACCAGCACAACACAGACAACCUCUACUCCCUUGUCCUCCCCUCUUGGGACCAGCCAGGUGAUGGUGACGGCAUCAGGGUUGCAAACAGCGGCAGCAGCCGCACUACAAGGCGCUGCACAGUUGCCUGCAAAUGCAAGUCUCGCUGCCAUGGCUGCUGCAGCAGGACUAAACCCAGGCUUGAUGGCACCCUCACAGUUUGCAGCUGGAGGUGCCUUACUCAGUCUCAAUCCAGGGACGCUAGGCGGUGCUCUCAGCCCAGCUCUGAUGAGCAACAGUACACUGGCAACUAUUCAAGCUCUUGCAUCUGGUGGCUCUCUUCCAAUAACAUCACUGGAUGCAACUGGGAACUUGGUGUUUGCCAAUGCUGGAGGUACUCCUAACAUCGUCACUGCCCCGUUGUUCCUGAACCCUCAGAACCUUUCUCUGCUCACCAGCAACCCAGUUAGCUUGGUCUCUGCAGCUGCCGCCUCCGCAGGGGCCUCUGGACCAGUCGCCAGCCUUCAUGCCACCUCCACCUCAGCUGAGUCCAUCCAGAACUCUCUCUUCACAGUGGCCUCUGCCAGUGGGGCCACUUCCACCACCACUACUGCCUCCAAGGCACAGUGAGCCGGGCUGAGCUGUGCUACCACCAGCCUGUUUCACUCUGCAGUGGGAUUGGCUGCCAGCUGGGUUUAUAAACUGAAAAAUGUGAUCGGCUUCCUCUCGCCAUGUUGCUGGGGACAAGGGAGAGAGACGGAAAAUAUAAAAACAAAACAGGAAGGAUUUAAAGCUGGGACAGACAUUUGCCUAAUUUUAUAAUAAACACUGUCUUUUCAGGAUCGCUUCAUGGAUCGGAGAGCUUU